AUGGACUCGUUGACUUGCACACGGGGCGAGUUUGACGAGAUGCUGGAGGACCUCUCAAAGCGCGGCCUGGGAUGGCGCGCCUGCCGCCGGAGCGAUUCUUUUGGUCGAACUCUCAAAUGGCUUGAGGGUUCCAGCAUAAUUCAGCGUGAUGCGCCGUGUGGCCAAGCAGAGCAGCUCCUUGUGUCGUACUUUAUUACCUACAGUGAGUGCUACUCCCAACCGCAGCUGUACUUUGCUCCAGAACAUCCGAUGAGCCCACAGGAGAUGUGUACGUGGAUGGGCAAAGUGUGCUACGGAGCGGUGGAAAGGCAAGAAUACGAUGCGCCUGUCGUCUCAAUGAAUUUCUCUGAGGAAAUACAAAUGCCGGUGUGGGGCCUUCAUCCGUGUGACGCCACCCAACUGAUGAUGAACAAUUCAGCGAACGGCGUCAGAAGUGUGAAUCUGCUCGAACUGUUUCUUCGCAGCGUCGGUCAUUUUGUCGGUGUGGAUGAGCGGCUUCUUCCUUUACAUGUGGCGGGUCAGCAGAAGUGA